ACAACUGUUACCUAACGUUAUUGGUGAGUGUGUGGACGACUGAAUAGGACCAAAGAUCCUUUUAAACUAAACCGUCUCUGAUAGGACCCAGGGCCGUAGUAAGUAUGCGUGCUUUUAUUUUGAAGAGCAUGAACUGGGAAGAGGAAGACGGAAUCCGUGUUGUGAGUGGCUCGAGUUUUUCUUUUCACCAUAGCGACAAUAUUGUAGCAGCAAAUGCUUAUUGCGUUGUUAUAAAAUUUUAGAACUGAAACUAAAUGUGUUAAGUUAGCUGAAAUAUUAACUUGUCAGAAUGUCAGACUUUGAGGCGCAGGUAGGCUCCAUUGUGGAGAUAAUGGUGAAUACGGCGGUGACAGAGUUGACCAAAGUUAUCGGCGGCUCCGCAUCAGCCCAUCCAGAAGUGUCAACAUCAUGUACAACUGAAAACAUCAACGGGUCUUUGGAUGAGAAGGUGAUCCAUUUCAGCGUCUUCAUGACGUCUUUGGCUCGAGAAGCCGUGGAGAAGAUCUGCCAGCUUUUCCUCGAUUGUUCCUGUCUGCUGCAGUUAGAAGCGACACAGGGCGUUGCAGAGAUCGAGGAGCUGAGGAAGAGACUGGAGGUGGCGGAGACGGAGCUGAAGCUGGUGCUGGAGGGCAGCGGAGGCCAGGAGCAAGCGGAGGAGCUGACGGAGGGAAGCAGCGGAGAGAAGGAGGGCCCGAGGCCUUCGACUGACGGAGCAGAAGGAGAGACUGUCCAGAGCCAGCGCUCAGGCAGGAAGAGUCGCAGAGUUGUGGCUAGCGGGGUUGCUAGAGUGAAGAGAUCGCCUAUAAUUCACCUGUGGAAAGUCAGAACUUAUGAGGAAAAUGUCCAACCUGUGAUAAUAAAGGAAGAAGAAUUGGAGGCAUUAGCUGACCAGGCGUCCUCUGAUUCGGGUCAGAACAGAGAUGACCUAGGCCAGAACAAUGAUGACGACCCAGACUACCAGUUGGAGCCAGAAGAUUCAGACGAGGGUGACCCAGGAUUCACUACCAGACCUAAACGUGUUGUUAAGCCCAAGGCCCAUCGAGGUCGAUCAAAGAAGGAGGGUCAGAGUCAGAACCAGCAGCCUCUGAGCUGCAAACACUGCACGAAAACCUUCACCAAGCUGCUGCAGCUCAAAGCCCACCAGGCCGUCCACGGGGCGAACGCUGAGAAGGCCUUCCCCUGCUCUCACUGUGGCAGAGGCUUCUCACUCCAGCGAAGCCUCAAUGCACACAUGCUGCUUCAUACUGGUGAGAGACCACACACCUGUGAUGUUUGUGGAAAGGGUUUCACCCUGAAGCAGCUGCUGAGGAACCACCAGCGUCUCCAUGCUGAGGUCCGGCCGUUUCGCUGCGAAGUGUGCGGGAAGAGUUUCUACCGAGCCCACGGCCUGAAAAUGCAUCAGAUGGUCCACACGGGAGAGCGGGCCUACAACUGCAAGUUCUGCAAGAAAAGCUUCACGAUACAAGGUAACCUGCAGCGCCACCUGCGCAUUCACACGGGGGAAAAGCCGUUCAGGUGCGAGACUUGUGGCAAAAGCUUCAACCAGGCCGACACUCUGAAGGGCCACAAGCGGAUACACAGUGGCGAGCGUCCCUUCAGCUGCGAGACCUGCGGUAAAUGUUUCAUCCAGAAGAGUGCCUUGAAGAUGCACCAGAAGAUUCACUCAGGCGAGGACCCGCUGGCGAGCGUAGCCUGCAUAGCAUGCGGCGCUACGAUGGCCUGUGUCGACUCGCUUCGCACACACCUCCAGACGCAUGCGGCGACCAUUCCUUGUACGUGUGUGCUCUGCGGCCGGCGGCUCAGCUCCAUCACCGACCUGCGCUCGCACCAGCAGCACCACACGGUGGUCAGGCCUCACAGCUGCGGGCUCUGCGGGAAGAGUUUCAAGUCGUCCAGUUACCUGAAGAUUCACCUGAAGGCACACAGCGGGGAGAAGCCCUUCUCCUGCGACAUCUGCGGCCACACAUUUACACAGCACAGCAGCCUUAAGUCCCAUCAGGCUGUCCACACAGGACAGAAACCAUUCAGCUGUGGCACAUGCGGAAAAUGCUUCAGCAACACGGGAAACCUGAACAGACACCAGCGUAUCCACACUGGGGAGAAGCCUUUCAGCUGCGACACGUGCGGACGCAGCUUCAACCAGGGCAACAGCCUGAAAGCCCAUCAGCAGAUACACACCGGGGAGAAACAGUUUAUGUGCGACAAGUGUGGGAAGAGUUUCUCCUACCUGAGGAACUUGAAGGACCACAAGUGUUUUUAUGUCUGAAGCAAAACUCUGAUGAGACGCCAGCCCUGGUGACAGCGCGGAUGACGUUAGGCUUCCUUGUACCUGUUGAGGAAUGAAUGAGUGGAUAUAGAUAAUAAAAGAAGACUUUGCUGUGAAA